AUGGUUUUUGCAGACACAACCGAAGGAUUUGCUGAGCAGAAAAAAGGCAGGGCCGACUUAUUGGAGAUAAAGUUUGACCAGGCUAAUUUAAUCAAAGCCAAGGAUGCUGCCGUAAGACCAAAGACGCUCUCUGUUGCCAAUCUCUCUCCCGAAACUGAAAUAUCAGUUCUAAUAUCGGACAUCAUCGAUUUCUUCAAACAUGUUGGAAAAGCUGUUCGUGUUCAACUUUUUGUAAACGCCUCGGGUGAGCAUAAGUGUUGUGGCCUUGUCGAGUUUGCUUCUUCUAACGAAGCAAAGAAGGCGCUGGAAAAGAAGAAUGGUGAAUAUUUGCACGACCACAAGAUUUUUCUUCAUGUGGCUACAACAGCUCCCCAACACCUUUACAAUGAAGAUGAUUUUAAGACCAACCCCAUUCUGAAGAAACCUAAGACGGGCGGAUUCUGCGGUAAGAAGAUUACCUUCCCUGACGACGACGACUACCCUCAACAAGAAAGACUACCGAUAGAAGAAGAUGAGACACCUACCGAUUUUGUAGAGGAAGUACUCUUUGUCGCCAAUCUCUCUCCCCAAACUGAAAUACCACAUAUCAUCGAUUUCUUCAAAGAUAUCGGAAAUGUUCAGGUUCGACUUACUGUAAACCAAGAGUGUAAGCAUGUGGGCCAUGGCUUUGUUGAGUUUGAAUCUUCUUACGAAGCAAAGAAGGCGCUGGAAAACAAGAACGGUGAAUAUUUGCACGAUCACAAGAUUUUUCUUCAUGUGGCUAGGACAGCUCCAUACCCUCCACGACCCAAGUACAACCUUGCAGACAAGCUUUGUUACGAAGACUACCUUCGACGAGUAAGCCUUCUGAUAGAGGAAGAUGAGACAAUUGAAAGACUUUGUAAAACUCCCGUUUUUCUGGAGGCAGUUGCCGUAACAAAAAAGACGCUCUAUGUUUUCCAUUUCUCUCGCGAAACUAAUAUAUCACAUAUCAUCGAUUUCUUCAAAGAUGUUGGAGGAGUUGUUAAUGUUCGACUCAAUGUAAACCACAUGGGUGGUCACGGGGGGUAUGGCUAUGUUGAGUUUGCUUCUGCUUACAAAGCAAAGAAGGCGCUGCAAAAAAAGAACGGUAAAUAUUUGCGCGAUCGUAAGAUUGUUCUUGAACUGGCUAAGAUGGUUCCAAGCAAGUACGAAGACUAUCUUCGACAAGAAAACCGUCUGAUAAAAGAAGAUGAGGCAGUGGAAGGACUUGAUGAAACUCCCGGUUUUGUUGAGGCACAAGGCGAGCUUAUAUGCGAUGGGAAUAACACCUCUAGAGGUAGAGGUGAGGCAACCUCCAUAAAGCGCUCGCUUUGUGGCGCGUGGGCUAAAGCGAUAUGCUGUUGA